CCCCAACCCCCCGCACCUCACCUCAGUCGGUCCUCUUUCCAUCUCGCCGCCCGCCUCGCCCAGCCGAGCUCGCCGCCGCGCGUCCGGCGAGAGGAGAGGAGGCCCAUGAUAACGCUGUAGCCCUCGCGCCUCCUCCGCCUCAGGUUCUCGCGACGGGCGUGAUUUCGGCCGUCACCGCCGCGGCGAGAUCCGGGAGCGCGCGGCUGCUUCGCGGCGGGGCUUUCGGGUUUGGUGGUGGGCUGUUUUCUGCGGGGUGAUAAGGAGGGGGGAGGAGGAGGGGCGGACAUGGCGGGGUCGAGGUUCGGGUCGUUCAAGUCGGAGAAGGGGGACUCGGCCGCCUCCGCGGCGGCGGCGGUUGGAGCCGCGCAGAGGAGGGACCCGUACGAGGUGCUCGGGGUGGGGCGCAGCGCCACCGACCAGGAGAUCAAGAGCGCAUUCCGCCGCAUGGCGCUCAAGUACCAUCCGGAUAAGAAUGGCGAUGACCCUGUUGCAUCAGACAGGUUCCAGGAAGUCACAUUCUCCUACAACAUCCUGUCAGAUCCUGAUAAAAGGAGGCAGUAUGAUACUGCAGGAUUCGAGGCCAUCGAAUCCGAUAGCCAGGAACUGGAGCUGGACCUAUCGAGUCUCAAUACUGUAAACACCAUGUUUGCAGCUCUUUUUAGUAAGCUUGGUGUACCAAUUAAAACAACUGUUUCAGCAACAGUUUUGGAGGAGGCAUUGAAUGGGUCGGUUAUGGUUUCUCAGCUCCAGCUAGGAAACUCUGUGCAAAGGAAGGUGGAAAAGCAAUCAGCUCAUUUCUAUUCUGUGGACAUAACAGAAAAACAAGCUAAAAUGGGGCUAGUUUGUCGUGUGCACUCAACUGAUAAAAGUAAAUUCAAGUUGCUUUAUUUUGAGCUCGAAGAAAAUGGUGGUCUGAGUCUUGCACUGCAGGAAGAUAGUGUAAAGACUGGGAAAGUUACUUCUGCAGGAAUGUAUUUUCUUGGCUUUCCUGUGUACCGUUUUGAGCAAAAUAGAUUGGUAGCUUCUGCAAAGGAAUCUGAUGGUGCAUUCUUUAAAAGAUUGGAUAGCUUUCAACCAUGUGACAUACAUGAGCUGAAACCUGGAACCCACUUUUUUGCGGUCUAUGGUGACAAUUUCUUCAAGAGCGCAAAUUAUACUAUAGAGGUAGUGUGUGGUGAAUCUUUCCCUGCCGAAAAGGAGAUGCUACGAAAUGUGGAGGCAAAGAUACUCACAAAACGAGCUGAGCUGUCCAAAUUUGAAUCAGAGUAUAGGGAAGUUUUGGCAAAAUUCACAGAGAUGACCAGCAAAUACACACAAGAAAUGCAAACGAUUGACAAUCUUUUGAAGGAAAGGAAUGAGAUCCAUGCUUCCUAUACCAACAAUCCACCUCUAAAACAGAGUUCCAGCAGGAAUAAAGCGAAGUCACCUUCAAAAAUGCCCAAAGGUGAUACAGAAAAGCAUCAUCAGAAGGAAAAGAUAGUGAAGGAUCACUGCAUGGAGGGAUAUGGAAGUGAGGAUGAUAAUUCAAGCGAAAAGAAAACCAAAGAGCGAUUGCCAAGGAAGAAAUGGUUAAACAUUCCUUUCAAAAUUGACAGGAGAAGGGCAUGCUGAGCAAUGUAAUCCCCUUCAUAUUAACACUCAACCGAAGUACAGAGCAUUUUCACUGUGGCCUCUCAAAGCAAACCCUCCCCCAUCCUGUUACUGCCCUUCUUAUGGUACCUAUUUGUAGCUUGUAACUUGUAAGGUUACAUAUGCUGUGAAAGCCCAAUUAUAUAUUGUUGUCCUAAGAAUCCGUGUUAGUGUCUAUUGUUUUGAUUGCCUGCUGUAAAUAUUACUUUCCUGGUGUAAAUACAACAUUUUCCCUCUCAUUAAGACUCGUGAACAUUA